AUGGUUAUGGGCGAGAGUGACAGGGCAGGCUGCUGGGCAGGGGUCAAAAACGUGAAUAAUGGUGUGGCUGGAGCCCCGUGCUGGGCAGGGAAGCCUCCACCUGGCUUACACCUGGAUGUAGUCAAAGGAGACAAACUCAUUGAGAAACUCAUCAUUGAUGAGAAGAAGUAUUAUCUUUUUGGGAGAAACCCUGAUCUGUGCGACUUCACCAUUGACCACCAGUCCUGCUCUCGGGUCCAYGCUGCCUUGGUCUAUCACAAACAUCUCAAGAGGGUUUUCCUCAUAGAUCUAAACAGCACCCAUGGCACGUUCUUGGGCCACAUCCGCUUGGAAGCCCACAAGCCACAGCAGAUACCCAUCGACUCCACGGUGUCCUUCGGCGCCUCGACGCGGGCCUACACGCUGCGAGAGAAGCCCCAGACGCUGCCCUCGGCCGCUAAGGGAGACGAGAAGAUGGGCGGCGACGACGAGGAGCUCAAGGGCUUGCUGGGCCUGCCGGAGGAGGAGACGGAACUUGAUAACCUGACAGAGUUUAAUACAGCCCACAACAAAAGAAUUUCCACACUAACCAUAGAGGAAGGAAACUUGGAUAUUCAGAGACCAAAGAGAAAACGGAAGAACUCCAGAGUGACGUUCAGUGACGAUGAUGAAAUCAUUAAUCCGGAGGACGUGGACCCAUCUGUUGGACGCUUCAGGAACAUGGUACAGACUGCAGUAGUCCCUGUAAAGAAAAAACGCCUGGAGAAUCCGGGCUCGCUGACGACGGAUGACUCUGCGUCGCGGCGCAUGCAGAACUUCCCGUACAGUGGAGGGUUGUACGGCGGGCUGCCCCCGACACACAAYGAGGCCGGUCCCCAGUCGCACGGCGUCCACGGCACAGCGCUCAUCGGAGGUCUGCCCAUGCCCUAUCCCAACCUCGCCCCAGAUGUGGACUUGACUCCUGUCGUACCCUCCACAGUUAACAUGAACCCUGCGCCCAACCCYGCCGUCUUUAAUCCCGAAGCUGUGAACGAACCCAAGAAGAAGAAAUACGCCAAGGAGGCCUGGCCGGGCAAGAAGCCCACCCCGUCCUUGCUCAUCUGAGCAGGGCCUUCUGGAGGGAGGGUGGGAGCCACGAACUUCACAAACUGUUCAUGUGCAGUAUCGUCUUUUUAAAAUUUCAGUGUCCUAACCACAUAUAAUAUCAAGGUUGGAGAAGUGAAAUAGCCUUUAAAGAUCUGUCUUCAAAUGUUUUUAUAUGUCUGUUAAAGAAAAUACAGUUCCCGUCUCCUUUUGAACCGAAAUCUCUGGCAGCCUUUSCUUAGCCUUUGCUCUCCGUGCAGGUCUUUGCUCUGAACCUCCAUCCCUGCAUUGCGGGGCAUCCGUCUAGGUGUYGCGCUCCCCAGGAGCGGUGCCCCUUCCCGCUGGGCUUCCUCCCAGCUCUUCCACUGUAUUGGAAAAAGGGGCUGCUGAGGCAAGCCUUGCAGAAACCACAGUGAUGGGAGGUCUGAAACUUGCAAAAUAUAGGUCAGUUUUAAUUUUAUUUUACCUUUACAAAGUGCAGCAUUGUGG